UUGCCAGACUCGUUCGACACUGGCAGUGGUGCAGCCUCUUGUUAUGAUGCCAUUCGCAAUAAAGGUAUCGAGCCUACUUCCGAGAUAGCCGUGCAGAUUGCCAAAGGACGGAAGGUUAAAGCGCUGAAACGAAGUGCGAACAAAAACGCGAAAGCUGCGGAGACUCGGGUUCAGAAAAUUGAUUUGGACAGCGUAGAAGUGACAGCAGAAGAAAUAGAUGCUGUUAUCAGCGAGUUAGCAACUGGUGCUGGUCGAUCUCCUAGUCCUGCGUUACUAAUCCUUUCUUUAUGUAUGCGUUUAAUACUCUUAACAGAAUCCAUUUUAAACGACCAGACUGACGACGCAUAUGAGGAUGUUUCUGUAGAAUCAUUGCAAUUGAUGUGCGGGUUCAGAAUUAAAUAUGCUGUAUUUCGAGACUUAUGGAAGAGAGGUUUUUACAUGACUGAUGGUUUUAGAUUUGGCUGCGACUACUUAGUGUACGAAGGGAUUCCUGGAGAAGUUCAUGCAAAAUAUCUGGUGAAAUGUUUAAGCACAUUGGCUUCUAUUAAUCCUUUAGAUCUCGCAGCUCUUUCACGGGUUGGUUCUCAGGUGAAGAAAGAUAUUUUAAUUGCAAUUGUACCGCCAGAUUCUUUUGUUCCUUAUUAUCUUGCAAUAUUUGUGGUGAAAGUGUUAUUUGAUACGGCUACUUUUAAAUUAACCUGUCAACAGCAGCAGAUUUAUUGUGUGCUUAAACCAGUCUUUUUUCAGCUAUUUUACUCUUUCUUCAAGUCUCUUGUAGGAAAGGAUGUAGUCGUGGAACUUAAAAACGAUUUAAGCAUCUGUGGUACAUUACACUCAGUGGAUCAGUAUCUGAAUAUGAAAUUAACAGACAUAUCCGUUACUGAUUCGGAAAGAUAUCCGCACAUGUUGUCGGUGAAAAAUUGUUUUAUCCGUGGUUCCGUUGUAAGGUACGUACAACUUCCUGCUGAUCAGGUUGACACCCAGCUGUUACAAGAUGCGAGUAGGAAGGAGGUUUUACAGGCUAAACGUUUGGCAAAAAAAUUCUUUUCAAGAAAAGUCUCAUGUAUAAUAAUAGAUUCUGAUUUCACUUCGAGUAUAAGCAUUUGUCGAGAAUAGAG